AUGUCUCUAAGACUAUCGUCUCAAACCACCCUCACCCCACCUGUUUGUCAAGUCGUCCAUCGGGGCUCUAAAGUAUUCCAACGCCUUCCAAUUCUAACCGAUGCUUCUCCCUCCUCUUCCUCCACCUCCACCACUAACACGGCUUCCGCUUCCAAUGCUCAACUGGCCAAUAGCAUCGGUGGCCCUAUCGCCCGAGCCAAGGACGAAUUUUUUGGGGGAGUCACGCGGCGAGGUCUUGGGACUGAGAGACCCUUGCCCUCCGUCCAUCACAAUCGCACUUCCGGAGAUCUCUUCGGCGCUGUUUCCAAUUUCUUCACCAGAACUGGAGGUUGUAGUGGCAACUAUGGGGACGUCUGUGAGAUCUGCCACCUCACCAAGUUCACAGGAAACGCCGGUCACAAUUGUGUUCAGUGCGAUCGCAAAACCUGUGUUAGGUGUGGUGGAUGGUUCGGCGCUCAGUCCUCGUGGAUGUGCAAAAAUUGUUUCAGUAAUUUGUCAUCCUCUUCCGCGGUGACUCACGGAGUCAGGGAUCCCAAAACAUCGACCCCAUCGGGAUUUGUUCCUCGUGGAAGGGAGUCAUCCUCCUCCCCUCUAACCACAACUGAACCUAGUCUCAAUCCCCUAUUGAUGCCCAAAAUCGGCUCACCUUCCACUCCUGCCACAACUACUGCCUCUACCUCCUCCAUUUCAGCCUCUAAUGUGGCGACUGUGGAUCGCAGUCUAAGCAGCUAUGCAGGCGUAGCCAGUAGAACACGACUGCGAGAGGCAUUGAAAGACAACCGUUCAGUGAGCGAGGAGGAGCGUGUGUGGUCGCACUACCAACCCACGCCCAGCUCUCAUACGUACCUUCUUCGCAGCCACCAAUCACCCCAAAAUUACUAUCAACACCCUCCCGUUCCACCCCAUUCACAUUCUCAUCAACAGCAGAAUCCCCAACGCCAACAAUCUUAUUCUUCUAUCCCACCGCGGUACCUGCAGCAGCAUUCUUCCCACUACCCCGCAGCUGUCACUCAACAUCCUUACAACGCUCCCCAAUAUCGACACUCCACUGGACCCCCAGUAGAACGCUCCUACCGGCGAACCUUCGGGGAGGCGGUGUGGACUCAUUCUGUUGUGCCACCACCAGUGCGCCUUGAGCGACACGCUUUUAGGUCAACGGAAAUUGGCGGGGUAGAGGGCGGUGGGGUCAGCACCACUUCAUGCGGUUCUGCUGAAGACUCACCUCAUGGUGGUUUUCAUGCCGGAUACUUACGACGGGGUGGUGGAGGGCAGACAGAUCCGGGAUCGGUAUCGGAACCUUGCCAAUCAGAGGCCUAUUCAAGAGGUAGUAAAACUGAUGCUAUGGUAUUGUGGCAAGUUAAUCUGCUGAAAUUUCAUCUCCAAGAGUCAAAGGACAUCUCUAAGUAG